UUUAUAAUUUAGCAUUGUCUGUGCCUUGAAUGAUAUCGAUAAUAUUCUCUUCAAUCCAAAUCGCAUACAUUUAUACAACACUGCUGCAGUAUACAGAAUUUUUGUUCUUUUUCGUUUUGGAAAAAUCCAUUGUGCGUGUCUAUUAUUAUUAUUAUUUUUUUCAAUAUUAUUAAAGCGAAUUGACGAAAGUCAUUCGCAAUUUGUUUUGUAUAUAAUAGAUAAGACAAAAAUUGAACAACGACAACGACGAAAAUUGACUAAAUUUAGAAAUUAAAUUUUUCUGAAGAAAAAGAAAAUAUUGAUUUUGAUAUUUGAUAAUAAUCGAUAACAAAUGGAAUGUCCACAUCUAAAACAGAUAACCAAAAUUAAUAAUCCAUUUAUUAAAGAGGGACUUAUUUUGACAAAUUUUGAAUGUUCAGUUUGUCGAUCAAAACGUAACACUUGGAUGUGUAUCCAUUGUGGCAUAUUGAACUGUGACCGUUAUGCUAAUGAUCAUGCUAAUUGCCAUUUUAAACAUAAAAAUCAUAUUAUAUUCAUUGAUUGUCAUAGUUUGUCCAUCUAUUGCUACGCAUGUGAUGAUUUUGUAAUCAAUGAAAAUUGUUAUAAACAUUUUCGAAAACUUCGACAUAUACUUCAUCGAGAAAAUAGUCAAUUAAUUCGACAUAUUCAUAACAAAGUUAUUGAUGAUGAUGAUAAUCAAAUACAGAAACAUAAAAAUAAACGUAAGAAUAGUCAAAAAUGUCAAUUUAAAGCAUCAGGCCUUCGAAAUUUAGGCAACACUUGUUUCAUGAAUGCCGUCCUACAAUCAUUAUGUAACAUUCAAUUAUUUAGCUAUUAUUUCAAAGAAUUGCCAAAUUCUGUUUGUCAAUCGAUCGAAAAUCAAGAUACCCUGGUGACAAAAGAAUUACGUAAGACCAUUCUGUUACUAUGGGAAGGUGGUAAAUCUGUGAUCUCUCCAGAAUCAUUGUUCACUGUGAUAUGGAAAAUUGUUCCACGAUUUCGUGGCUAUCAACCGCAAGAUGCUCAUGAAUUUCUACGUUAUAUGCUCGAUCGUUUACAUACAGAAUUGUCCAGUUUCAAUCAUAAUCAAUAUCAACAACAGCAUAAAAUCUAUUCUCCUAAUCAUAAUAUAAGCAUAUUGAGUACUAAUAAUAAAUCAACAAUGGUAACAUCUAUUUUCGGUGGCAUUUUACAGAAUGAAGUUAGAUGUUUGAUAUGUGGAAAUGAAUCACGAAAACAUGAUCCAUUUUUUGAUCUAUCAUUGGACAUACCACAACCAAGUACACAAGAUUCGAAUGGCUCUAAUUCGAACUAUCUUCUAACUGAUUGUUUAUCUAAAUUUACCGAACUAGAAGAAUUAGGUGAAACCGAGCUAUAUAAUUGUCCUACAUGUAAGAAAAAACAACGAUCAAGUAAAAAAUUCUGGAUAAGACGAUUACCGAAUGUUCUAUGUUUGCAUUUAAAAAGAUUCAAAUGGAGUGAUUGUUUUCGCAGUAAAUUGGACGUUCAUAUCCGAUUUCCUAUCAAAGAUCUCGAUAUGAGUCCAUUUAUUCUUUCAAAUAUUCACGGUACACGAAAUAGUUGUGGAUCUUCACUAUACGAUUUGGCAGCAAUUAUCGUUCAUCAUGGUAAUGGUGUUGGUUCAGGUCAUUAUACAUCAUAUGCAACACAUCAUGAUUGUUGGCAUCAUUUUAAUGAUUCAUCCGUCACUAUAUGUAAUGAGGAUACCGUGAUGAAAAGCAAAGCAUAUAUUCUUUUCUACAUUCGACGACAAUUCGUUUCCAUUAAUGGAUCGACAUAAUGGCUCAAAGUGAUGAUCUUUUUUUCCUUAGGUUUUUUUUGUUUCUCUAUUAUCUUGCUUUUUUUCGAAAUAACUCAUUUCAUUCAAAAAUGUUUGGUAUAUGGAUCA